GAUGAAAUUAUUAGAUGAGACUUUAAACUCAAAGAGCACUGAUCAAUACUAUGAAACAAGAAGUCGAUAUUUCUAAUUAACACUGUUUUUAGGAGCUUUGAUUUCCAAUAUCAUGUUUGGAUUUUCAUUAUCUCCUAUAACAAAAGAAAUUUCAGCAAUAUAUGGAGUUUCUUAGACGUAAUACAUAUGAUAGAAUUAGGUGGCUCUAAUUAUUGAGUGUUAGCUUUACUCUUUUCUCAGCAAUUAUGAUUAUUCCUGGAAAUAUUUUAAGCGAAAAAUACGGAAUAUAAUAUAAUAUAAAAUUAGGUAUAUAUAUAUUGUUUAGAAAUAUAAAGGUUGUCUUCUCACAUUUAUUGGAUCAUUAAUGGCAUUGCUAGUAAAUUAUUCAUUUUGGUGGCUCUAUUUUGGAGAACUUGUUUCUUUAGUUGGAUUUCCUUUUCGUUUGAUUUCUGCAUCUAAAUUUACAGCGAAUUGGUUUUAUCCAAAGAAUAGAAUUAUUGUUAUGGUUAUAAUUGCUCUUCUUUUUAAUUCAAGUACAGGAAUAUCUAUUAAAAUACCAUUAUUUAUAUUUGGUGAUUAUGAUGUGGAAUAAGAUUCAUUAAAUGAUUAUUCUUAAGGUAAAACAAAUGUAUUUUAACUAAUGGCAUUUUUGGCAGGAAUUAUGUUUAUUACAACAGUGCCAACAUUAUUUUUUUUUAAGGCUAAACCAAAACAUCCUCCAUCAUAUAGUGCUUCUGAAGUAAAGAAAUCUAAUAUAUAUUUUAGUAAUGUGUUAGAGAAAAUUAUUCAAAUGCAGCCAAAAUGUUAUAUAGAAAUCAAGAUUAUUUAAAAUUGGCUCUAGCUUUCUCUCUAAUAUUGGGGCCAGUCUUGCUGCUUACUGUAUAAAUGGAAUAUGUUGUGAAACCUUUUGGAUAUAAUUUAGAAUAAAUCUCUAACGUUAUUCUUGUAGGAGUUAUUGCAGGAUUACUUGGAGAUAUAGUUGUAGGUUCAGCUGUAAAAAAAUUAGGAAAAUAUAAAUUAGUAUUACAAAUUUGUAAUGCAUCCACUUCAUUUUUUUAUGGUUUCCUUAUUUUAAGUCUUGUUUUCAAACUUCAUUGGUUAUUUUAUAUUUGUUAUUUCUUUGUAUGUCUAUGUUCUAGUAUUUUGGCGUUAACAUUUGAAUUUUCAUGUGAAAUUAGUUUCCCUGUAAGUGAAACUUCUACUAUUGCAUUUUUAGGAUUGAUUGGAAAUGGAUUAAAUUUUAUAUAAGCUAUUCCUGAAAUUCUUAUACUAAAAGUAAAUGUUAAUUAAUUAAAAUUUAGAUCGAUUCAGAAAGCAGUUCUAUUAUUACUUUAAUUAUAAUGUUUGGAAUUGGUUUUGUUGGUAAUUUUAUUUCCUAUUCUAUUAAUGAAAAAUUGAAGAGACAAUAAGUGGAUGAUCUUCAUGAUAAAAUGCAAAAUUAAGAGUCCUAUGAUACUGAUUGAUUUAAUUUUUACAUUGAAUGUCAAUUAUAAUGGCA